AUGGGGAAGCCUUUAUUUUAUGAGAUCUUGGAAAAACCUGCCACAAGUUGUAUCAUAGGAAUAUGCUGCAUGAUUUGGUUCUAUAUACAGAAGAAAAAUAUUGGGUAUUCACAUGUGGGUCUGAGUUAUGAGACUGCAGUAGAAGGGCAUUAUUGGAGGAUAAUUACUUCUGCUCUUUCUCAUAUUAGUGUUAUUCAUCUUGUUUUUAAUAUGAGUGCAUUAUGGAGUCUUGGGGUGGUAGAGCAGCUUGGGCACUUAGGCCUUGGUGUUGAGUACUACUUGCAAUACACACUUGUGUUGGUUAUUGUAUCAGGAGUGCUGGUUCUGGCAAUGUAUCAUUUGUUGAUUCAGAGAUUCAAGCUUGAAUAUUUUCGUCGAGUGACGGCUGUCGGGUAUUCCUGUGUUGUUUUUGGGUGGAUGACAAUUCUGUCUGUGAAGCAACCAUCUUCCAAGUUGGAUCUCUUUGGGUUUCUUUCUCUCCCUAUCAGUUUUGCGCCGUUUGAAUCGCUUAUUUUCACUUCCAUCAUUGUUCCUCAGGCAAGUUUUCUUGGCCAUUUGUCAGGGAUUGUUGUUGGGUAUGCUAUAGCAUGGGGUUUGAUUCAUGGGAUGAGCAAUUACUGGGCACUCUCCUUAUUGGGAUGGAUUGUGCUUGUCUUUGUUUUUAGUUUGAAGAGAUCUGGUGCGCUUGAUCUAAGCUUUCUUGAGAUUGAAUCUGUUACCGAUCCUUCCCUACCGUCUGUGCGGUUUUUGGCAUCAAGCACUGGAAGAACACUGCAGAUGAGUGCUUUGCCAAAUGGAAAUGUUGAAAUUGUCUAA